AUGUCCUACCCCGAUCCCAACCACCACCAUCACCACCAUCACGAAACCACCCCUCACCAAUCAAUACCGCUGCGGGACCUCAACCGCCCACCCGACCCCUUCGACGACAGCGCAGCCAACCCACAUCGCCGGACACUCAGUGACCGUGGGCGGAACCUGCUGAGACAGACGGGCGCGAUAGCCACCGGCGGCCACUUUCGAGAUACACAGUAUGCGCCCAUUGGAGAGGGCUCACCCAGUCCCACACACCAUGCGCCGCGCCUCGACACUACCCUCGCCUCGAACCAUAACCAUGGCGGCAUACGGCUGGUCCAACAUGAGCAUGAUGAGCCUGUCUCGCCCAUGGACGUAGGCGCAUUCCAGUCGGCCAUUGGCUUUGGUGUGGGCGUGGAAUUCCAGGGUGAGACAUCGCCGCCCGUCCCAACCUCGGGCUCAUCGCACCCGUCCUACACGCCCUACAGUGACCCAUAUGCGAACUCCGUCUCUGAAGACCAUGGCUACUUCUCCCCCGUCGAUGUCGACGACGACACAACGCGCCUGACGGAUGCACACCAUCUGCAGCCCAUAAGCGGGGCCGCCGCUUCCACCCCUUCCUACCAGCAUGGCCGGUCCAGCAGCUUCCAAAGUGUCCAAUUCUUGAGCCCCGGCGACGCCUCACCCACCGCAGCGAGGCACAGCGAUGACAUCGGCGAGGCCGAAGCAGGUGCAGGAACCCUCGGCUCUCGGGACUCACGGGGAAGGAAGCGUUCGCUAUCGCCUGCUACGCUCGAGUCCCCGUUGCAUCGAGCGGGCACAAUUGUGCGGAACAUGUCCCAGCGUGUCGUCAACGUCAGCAACGAUGCCCACAUCACCGAGACCACGCUCAAGAGAAAGUCGACGAUACGAAAAGCCCGUCACGCCGCGCCGCCUGCGUUUCCUGUUCUCGCCGAAUAUACAACCGAUGGGCCUACCUCACCUGCCCCUUCCACACCAGUUGAGAAGCCACCGUCGCCUUCUAUUCCCCAACGGCAGCCAAGUGCUGCAUGGCAGCGACCCGCAAACCCUUUGCGCGGCAAAAGCUUGGGCAUUUUCUCCCCUAAUAGCAAGAUACGGCUCAAGCUGUGUGAUGUCCUCGUCCAUCCAGCUACAGAGCCAUUUCUCCUCGUUCUAAUCAUUAUCCAAACCGUCCUCCUCGCAGUGGAUGCAAGAACCAAGGCCGUGUUCAACCCUGCUCGUCACAAAACAAUCGAAGCCCGCAGUGCCAUUGACUAUGCUAUGCUUGGACUCUUUAUCAUCUACACCGUAGAGAUUAUCGUCCGCAUGAUUGUGUCGGGGUUCUUCUUCAAUCCUGUCGAGUAUAGUACCAUCAAUCGACAAGUUGGCCUACGAGAGGCCUUCACGAUCAAGUUUAACCACCUCUUUGGAGGGCCACAACGUCAAGCCUCCCAGCGCCGCACUGGCAACGACAUAGAACCAGCUCUAGGGCCUCACCAACCCUCAGUGCUGCGCACUUUCACAACUGCCCAGAUGCAACCAGACACUGGCAUACAUGAUCCGCGGCACCAGCAGCGAGUGCGUCUAGCACAUCGAGCCUAUCUCAGGCAUUCCUUCAACAGAACCGAUUUUGUUGCAGUCGUGUCCUACUGGAUAGCCUUCGUCUUGAGCUUGUUUGAUAUCAAUAAUAGCCGCGUCAUCCUCGUCUUCCAGAUGCUGAGUUGUCUGCGCAUCAUUCGCCUCCUGAACCUCACCAGCGGUACCUCGGUCAUUCUCCGAAGCCUGAAAAAAGCUGCACCAAUACUGGUCAACGUGGCGUUUUUGAUCGGCUUCUUCUGGCUACUCUUCUCGAUUGUCGGCGUACAGAGCUUUAAAUCCAGUCUGAGAAGGCAUUGUGUUUGGCUAGGCCCAACAGAGGCUGAGAACUUCACAAACAAAGCUCAAUCUUGCGGUGGGCAUCUUCUAGACAAUGGCACUCACCAAGGGUACAUGUCCUUGGCAGGUGAAGUUAUUGGUCCUCCCGACGGCAAGGGUUUCCUUUGCCCCAGAGGCUCACGCUGCAUUGAGACCGUGAACCCUUACAAUAACACGCAGAGUUUCGACAACAUACUUCAGUCCGUCGAACUGGUUUUUGUCAUCAUGUCAUCAAACACUUGGUCAGAUGUACUGUAUGCCAUGGCUGACACCGACUACCUGGUCAGCGCGCUUUUCUUCAUUGUGGCUAUUCUCAUCUUGAGUUUGUGGCUUAUAUCACUACUGAUUGCAGUCAUCACCUCUUCUUUCCAAAUUAUUCGAGAAGAGAGCAAAACUAGUGCAUUUACAGGAGAAGAAAUCAAUGAAGAAGAACUGAACAAGGAGCAAGGAGAAAAGAAAGUCAGCAGUUUGAAACGCAUUUACGAUAAAACGGCUUGGGUUUGGGUUCUGAUUAUAGCUUAUGGACUGGUCUGCCAGAUGAUGAGAAGCUCGAGGAUGAGCAACUUUCGGGAACGCUUCAUCAACGCAUCGGAAAUCAUUGUCACGAUUGCGCUUCUUUUCGAGAUCAUGUUACGAUUCGCUGUUGAUUGGAGACACUUUUUUGGGAACAGACGCAAUUUGACUGACCUCGGUAUUGCACUCAUCACGACCAUAAUCCAGAUACCAGCCAUAAAGAAUGCGUACGGGGGCAGGGCUUAUGAUUGGUUGACCAUCUUUCAGAUCAUCCGGGUCUAUCGCAUCGUCUUAGCGAUUUCGAUGACGCGAGACCUCAUUAUGAUUGUGUUUGGAAACGUUGGUGGUCUGUUGAACCUGAUCCUCUUCGUGUUUCUAUUGACCUUCUUGGCUUCCAUAUUCGCCUCACAGCUCUUUCGUGGAGAGAUUCCGGAACAGGAUAAUGAUGGAGAAAACAUCCGGAUCCCAUUCUUCGAUAUCUACAAUUCGUUCCUGGGCAUGUACCAGAUCUUCUCUAGCGAAAACUGGACCAGCAUCCUAUAUACUGUUACUAGCUACCAGAAGGAGUUCGGCACAGCCUGGAUCGGAGCUUCCUUUUGCAUUCUUUGGUACAUCUUCGCCAACCUCAUCGUACUCAACAUGUUUAUUGCUGUUAUCCAAGAAAAUUUUGAUGUGUCCGAGGACGAAAAGCGUCUGCAGCAGGUGAAAGCAUUCCUUCAACAGAAGGAACAGGGGCUCAGCUCGUCAUAUGGUAACCUAUCCUUGUCCUCCAUCUUCAAGCUUGGACAAGCAAGUCGAAGAGAUCCGCUCGAUUAUGGUUCCGCCGCGACCGAGAUGUUGCUCAAAGAUGCUGUUGUCCGAGACUUUCUCUACGAAGGCGAUGACCAUGACAGUGCGAUGGACCAUGAACCGCGACCUGGUAUCCGACCAUCCAAAACAAUCGCCGGAUCGGGGUACAUGUCGACUAUGUGGCAGCGCUUCCUACGCAGGGUCGUGCAUCGAGAGCCGAAUCCCUUUUACGCCCCUUUGGACUUUGGCCGUGCAUACGAGGACAUGGAUCCUAGGCGUAUGGCCAAGGAAGUUGUCAGCGCAACUGAGAAGCGAAAGAAAGCCCAGCGUGAAUACUUACGAAACCACCCCAACUAUAACGUCACGUUGUUCAUGUUCAGACCGCACAAUCCAAUUCGCAGGAUUUGCCAGCGUAUCGUCGGUCCUGGCCGUGGUGGCGACCGUAUCGAAGGUGUAGCACCAUCUGUGCCUAUUUGGUACGCCUUCUCCGCAUUCAUCUACGCCGCGAUUAUUGCCAUGGUCCUUCUUGCUUGCGUGACUACUCCGCUGUAUCAACGAGAGUAUUUUAUGGAGCAUAAUUUCAGCGUUAAGAACUGGUUCGUCUGGGUGGACAUGGGUUUCGCCAUACUUUUCACUGUUGAAGCAUUGAUCAAGGUGAUUGCGGACGGCGCCUUCUGGACACCCAACGCCUACUUUCGAGGAUCUUGGGGCUUCAUCGACGGCGUUGUAUUGAUCACUCUCUGGAUCAACGUCGGUACUUCGUUCCUCAACGAGGGUCAGAUCACAAGAACCGUAGGAGCCUUCAAAGCUCUGAGAGCUCUUCGGCUACUCAAUAUCAGCGACAGUGCUCGAGACAAUUUUCACUCGUUGAUCAUGCGAGGGUGGUGGAAACUCUUUUCUGCGGCUUUUGUCUCUCUUAGCUUGUUGAUCCCAUUCGCUAUUUAUGGACUGAACCUCUUCGUUGGCCAGAUGCAAGCCUGUAAUGAUAACGGCUCCAGCAUCACCGACCUCAGAGAUUGCGUGGGCGAGUUUGACAGCUCACCCUUUGACUGGAAUGUGCUAGCUCCCCGUCAAGCAGCCAACCCCUACUACGAUUUUGACAACUUUGGUAACUCUUUGUUCAUUUUGUUCCAGAUUGUCUCGCAGGAAGGCUGGACGGACGUAAUGUGGUCUGGGAUGAGUAUUACAGGGACCUUCACACAACCUCAACCUUAUGCCGCGCAGGGGAACGCUGUAUACUUCAUCAUUUUCAACUUGCUCGGUGCUGUAUUUGUGUUGACACUCUUUGUUUCCGUAUUCAUGCGCAAUUACACAGAGCAGACGGGAGUGGCUUUUCUCACGACGGACCAGCGAUCUUGGCUAGAACUGCGCAAGCUCUUGCGUCAGGUUUCCCCUUCCAAACGCCCUUCCUCUACCAAACAGCGAGAGACUUGGGAAGAAUGGUGCUACCGCCGCGCUGUUCGCAAAACUGGACGUUGGCAAAGGUCAAUUACUGGGGUUCUCGUAUUUCAUCUUCUGUUGCUGUGUUUGGAAUGGUAUCCAGGUUAUGAUGGCUGGGAGACGGCUAGGGAUUACAUCUUCCUCACCCUCACAAUCGUCUUCAUCGCCAACGUGGUAAUUCGCAUCAUUGGCCUCUCGUGGCAUCGGUUCUGCAAGAGUACAUGGGACAUGUUUUCCAUAUUCGCGGUCACAGGAACGUUCAUCACGUCAAUCCUCGUGCUUGCCCGGGACGGAGACAGGGUUUUUGUUCAAUUACAUAAGCUGUGUCUUGUAUCAAUCGCGUUGCUUCUCAUUCCCCGGAACAACCAACUCGAUCAGCUCUUCAAGACCGCUGCAGCGAGUUUGGCAGCAAUUGCCAACCUUCUUGCGACUUGGUUCGUCCUCUUUUUGGUAUACGCCAUCGCCCUCACCCAGACUUUUGGUCUUACUCGGUUUGGUCCAAAUGAAACUGGAAACAAAAACUUCAGGACGGUACCCAAGGCGCUCAUUUUCCUCUUCACGAUGAGUAUGGGCGAAGGUUGGAACGAGAUGAUGGAAGACUUUGCAAACGUGGACAAACCUUUCUGCACAGUCGGUGCCAUCUACUUCGAGAGCGACUGUGGUAGCCCCGAGUGGGCGCGCGCGCUCUUCAUCACUUGGAACAUACUGAGCAUGUACAUUUUCGUCAACUUGUUUGUCUCUCUAAUCUACGAGAGCUUCAGUUACGUAUAUCAGCGAAGCAGUGGCUUGUCCGUCAUCAGUCGAGAGGAAAUUCGUCGCUUCAAGCAAGCCUGGGCCGAGUUCGAUCCUAAUGGGACGGGCUUUAUUUCUCGGGAUGUGUUCCCGAGGCUCCUUGGGGAACUGUCUGGUAUUUUCGAGAUGCGCAUCUACGAUGGCGACUUCACGGUUCGCAGGUUGAUAGAGCAGUGUGCAGUACCCAGCCGGCGAGCGUCCAAUCUGCCCAUGUCACAACGCGAGCCAACGCCGGAGAUAGACAUUGCGAAGCUCAACCGUGUCCUGGCCCAGAUGCCAAUCAGUGAUAUUCGGCGUCGUCGACAGCGCAUGAACAUGUUCUACGAAGAGGUUCUUGUGUCAAGCGAUCCUGACAAGGGUAUUCAAUUCACCUCUUUGUUGCUCAUCUUGGCCCAUCACAAGGUCAUCAACGACAACAAGAGCUUGCGACUUGAAGAAUUCCUACGUCGCCGAGCACGUCUCCAACGAGUCCAAGAAGCGGUGCGUCGCAACGUCGUCGUCGGCUUCUUCGACACCUUAUACUGGGCCCGCCGCUUCCGCCGUGCCAUGGACCAAAAGAAACAAGGCCGCAUGACCGCCAUCCCGCAGUUCACCGUUCCAGAAAUCUUCAUCGACGACGAAGACAUCACCGACGCACAACGAGGCCAACAAUCUGGCAACAGUAGCCCCAUCUUCUCCCCACAAGAUCUCUACGCCCCGGACCGCCGUGCUUCAGAAGCACACGUGCCAACCCCUCCGAACCUCGAUCAUCUCGACACCAGCCCCGCGAGAAGUCGAGCCAACUCUAUUCAACAAACACCACAGGGUUCACCUACAAGAGCAACGCCGUCCACAUCGCCAUUUGCCUCGGCUGCCGAUGGCAGUGAUUGGCAGUUCGCGACUGCGCUCAGUCGGCCACCCAGUCCUCUGGAACCGGACCCAGGCGGUCACGGUGCAGACAGUCGCAGCAGGGCAAGCAGCGCCGUCAGUGCAGCAGAUGUUUUGGAAGUGCUGGAUAAUUCUGCAUGGGGUGAGAGUAUCAGAAGGAGCUUUACGCAGCGACGACGUAGUUGA